UCAGUGAAUCACUUUCAUGUUUUUUGUUGUUCUUGUAUCUUACCUCUGUGUUUCUCAGAGGUAAGAUGUGCCUUCGGGAUCCCAAGGCUCACCAGGGGAUUGGGUUAUUAUUUUCAAACACCAUAUCAGGGAGCUCUUAUUCCAUAUAUAGUUAUAGAUGUACUAUAUAAAUAUAUAAAGGUGGGUGGCAAACUUCCAGGCUUGAUUUCCCAGGGGGCCGUUAGGAGAGUCUCAUUAAGGUGCUAAAGAAUGCAGUCACCCAGGAAGUCAGACGGAAAUGGUUCUCUGUCAGAAGAACAGGGAGAUAAGACGAGAUCGAGAUGCCAGCUCUCCCCUUGUCUGUCUGUCUGUCUGUCUGCCAGCUUCCUCUCCUCUUUUAACCAGAGGAAACAUUACAGUCUGUGAACAGCCUGAUCUAACAGUCUUUUUAAGUUGAGUUCUUUUUUACUUGUUGUAACUGGGUCAGUGUGCAGGCCCUGUAGGAGUGUAGCCAUCCCUUACAGACACUCUCCCCCUGGGCUAGAAGCCUCUAAGAGGCAGGCCCGGCCCUGGAGGGGAACCAAGGACUGGAAAGGCCACGGACAGCAGAGGUGCGGUUACAGGUGGAGGAGUCCGAGUCUAAUAUCACCGUGUCCCAGUCCAGUUCCAUCCGGUUGGGCUGUAGCAUUCCCUCCCAGUCCUCCAGAGACUCCCGUUUCUCCGUGUCCUGGUAUGUGGAGCGCUCCUCCAUGCUCUCUGAGGAGGAAGAACAGGGGGAUGUUGACGAGGGAAACCGGGCCUGUGUGUUCUCCAUCGGACACGACGCCGUGUUCGGGAACGGGAACUGUAGCCCAAUCGARGAGGCGGGGCCUAACUCACGCCUGCAGUUUGAGAGGACGACCUCUGACCUCUACAGUCUGACCAUCCAGAGGGCGCGACCCGCUGACGCCGGGCGCUACUACUGUCAUGUGGAGGAGUGGCUGCUCAACCCCCGCAACGCCUGGUAUCGCCUGGCAACCAACAACUCUGAUGUCACCAUCGUCAACGUGAUCCAGCAGGUCUCCACCCUGCAGUCGGUGGUAUGCUCCAACGACUCUCUCUUCUACUUUGUCUUCUUCUACCCGUUCCCCAUCUUCGGCAUCCUCAUCAUCGCCGUGCUCCUGGUGCGCUAUAAAAGCCGUAGCCACAGCAAGUCCCAGGAGGGCAAGAACGGCGCCCCCUUACUGUGGAUCAAAGAACCCCACCUCAGCUACUCCCCCACCUGCCUGGACCCACCCGUCCUCAGCCUGCACCCCGGCUCAGUGGACUAAGGGACAGAUCCAUAUCCCUCAUCCCAUAGUCCUCAUCGCGGACCCAACUAAUACCACGCCAGGGAGGGGCUACUCCGGACCUACACCUGUCUAAUCACUUCUGUGUCCAAGCUGUCAAUCAAUCUGUCCAUCCAUGUAUAAUCCCACCCCCCUGUCUGCCUGUCUGUGAGUUACCCUGUAGCAGCUCUGUCGUGUGGGUGGGUGUGUGAGCAUGUGGAAAAGUGUGUGAGCAUGUGUGAAGUGUGUGAGCAUGUGGAAAUGUG